AUGGGCAGGACAUAUAUAAACUCGGGGUGUGUAGGCGCCUUCCGCCAUUUUGUCCAGUGCGACGAAGUGGGAGAGGCGGCGGAAUCGAGUCUUGGCGGGAAAACGGGCGACGCAGCGAUCGAGCUCGGUGGCUGAGGGGCGAGAAGCGAGGGAGACUGCGGAGGCGACCGAAAAAUAAUAAUCAUAAAACCGUGUAGCGGUUACUCGCGAGAGUCGGUCACACUCCUGGCCCGGCAGCCGGUGAGGGAGGGGCUUGGUCGGGAUGGAAGGCCUCGCGGUUGCGGCAGCGGACAAAGAGCCGCCGCCAUUUUGUGUGGUUGAAAUAACGUCAGGUCUCCCGCCGGGAUGUUGGACCCGGGGAGGAGAUGAAAGGGGAGGCGGACUGCCUGAGCCUGAGGGGCGGCGUGGUGGGUAUUAUAUGCGCAAGCUCGAGUCGAACCGAGGGAGAAUUGUGAGGGCCCGAGGCCGCCGCGAUGGGCGGGAAACCGCUCAGUAGUAGGCGCGCCGGUUACCCAAGGCGUAAGAAGCCCUUUUCGUCUCCUCGUGAGCGAGCAGCCCGAGGCCCAGCUCAAAUCACCACAGGCUGCCUUGAUGGGGACCUGCUUUGGGGAUCUAAACACAACAUGCCCUUCCAAGACGAGUUGUCAACCCCUGGAUGCCCUCAAAUGGGGGAAAUGAUCGGCAACUCCUUUCUUAUAUCGAGGUCUCUUAAUUUUGACUUCGCUUGUGUGUUUUAAGGGCCCGGAGUAUGGGUCUUCAAUAUAAGAUGAUUAAUACCUUGGAACAAUGGAUUAUAUUUCUAAAGUAGAUAAGAUGGACUUAAAUGUAUAAAUAGUUAUGCGUUGUAAGUCAAAUCAUCUGCACUGUAUUUUCAAAAUCAUGAGCCUGUUUCAAAUACCUUAUAACCCAAAAGGUUCCCUAACUAUUUAAUAAAUAUGAACAGAAGGCAAACCAGUUUUUCCUUGCAUGUCUUUCAGAGAUGCAUCGUGAUUCGUGUCCACUGGACUGCAAGGUUUAUGUAGGUAACCUUGGGAACAAUGGCAACAAAACUGAAUUGGAACGAGCUUUUGGCUACUAUGGACCACUACGUAGUGUGUGGGUUGCUAGGAAUCCCCCUGGUUUUGCUUUCGUUGAAUUUGAGGACCCACGUGAUGCUGCUGAUGCAGUCAGAGAACUAGAUGGGAGGUAAAAAUUCACUUACAUUUGGGUUGAGCUUAUGUGUAUACUCUGAUCUAUUAAUGUAAUAUGCUGCUUUGAUUGAAAAGAAAAUUGGUCACAAAUAGCCUGGCUUCUGUACUUGGAGAUCCAAAAGAAAUAUAACUGAUUUUCUGUGGGAGCUAGUGGGGCUGGGAAGUAAUUCUUACUAACAGUCUGUUAAAUUUGUGUGAAAUGUAAUCCUUUGCUUGUGUUAGAAGAGUUUAUUUUGAGUACAGUUUAAACAUGUUGCAUAUUAUUCCUGAGUUUCUGGAUUUUGCACAGCUAUCAAGUUUUGGAAACACUGGUUGUGAGCUCUUGUGAUUCUGAGUGCCCUGUUUCAAACAUUUAAUGUUUUUUUUUAAAUGGAAAUAUGCUCAACAUUGCAGGCUCUUAAUGGCUCAGCCUGUAGCUGAAUUUCACUCAUGUUGAUUUAAAAACAUUUUUAUUUUGACAUCUAUAAUAAGCCUGAAGCUGAAUAUGUGUUCUAUAUGAUCAAAACAAUUUUAAGUGCUGGCUGCUUUUUAGGAGUGAAAUACUGGUCCCCAGUCUAAUUUUCAGUUAAACAAAACAAAAUUAGACUGACUUGGUAUGGUUUUGUGUUGAAGUUUAAAUAACUAGGGAAAUACAGGGGCACUAGUUGAAGUGUCUGGCUUAGUUUUAUUAGGCUAUUAGAACUAACAACUCUUCCCUUUUUCUCUUAGAACACUUUGUGGGUGUCGUGUCAGGGUUGAACUCUCCAAUGGUGAGAAACGUAGUCGGAACCGUGGUCCACCUCCCUCAUGGGGUAGACGUCCUCGAGAUGACUAUCGUAGGAGAAGUCCUCCACCUCGCCGCAGGUAUUUAGGAGCAAAGAAUUUGUAUAGUAAUGUUUGGCAGUAUUACCAUUUGGCAUAAUAGACUUUUUUUAAAAAAAAAAUAUGCUUGUCUAUACCUACCCAGACACAGAAUUUUAAAGCAUUGAAUAUAUGUUAGAGGGAUACAUUGUGUUGAACACUGACUUUUAUCCUUAGGUGUCUAUACCAGUUGAUAGUGCCCUCUAACAUGGAUUAUCAUCUUUCCUUCUGAAGUCUGUUCAUCUUCUAGUCACUUUCUUUUUCUUCCCAGUACUCCAACUUGGUUUUUUUUUGCUUUUCUUUACACCAUUGUUGUAAACAUUGCAUACAACAGCUUGGCUUUUCCACCUACUUGAGAUUUUUCCACUUUAGCACAAUGAUGCCAGGCAGGCAACUGUUUUAAAAAUGCUGAAGCAAUGAACAGUUGCUUAGCUAAAUCUGACAAUAGUAAAUCUGUUGAAAUAAGACCAACUUUUGAGUUAUGCAGGAAUAAAUUUCAAAAUAAAGCAGGUUUUUUUACAAGUAAUGCAUCCUCUGACCCUGACAGAUUGGUUGGGUGUUUAUUAGUCGUACUUAAGGUCUUUAUUUCUGCAAGGGCUGAUUUUAGCCUGUUUCAGGUAAAUGAAGUCCAUACAAGAUAAGAGAGUGAAAUCUGUUCCCUUUCACUGUAGAACACAAUAGGAGUAUUUGUUAGCUAAUAGAUGGUUGUACUGAUGGCUUGUUUUUCAUUUUUUUAUGCUUUUUUUGGUCCAUCUAUUAAUAAAAAUGAACCCGUUACAGAGUCACCAUCAUGUCUCUUCUCACCACCCUCUGAGUCUGCAUUAGCCAGUCAACUAGCCCUUUCAGCGUCAUGUGACCAGCGCGCCCCAUUCAGCUUGGCUGGUGUCGUUUCACAUGACCCAGGCAUGGCCAGUCGUCAGGUUGCACCGCCCUUUGGUUCCCGAGCAUGCUGUUUUCUCUCAGCCUUCUCUCCAACCUUAACCAAAUCGGCAGCAGCCACCUCGACCGCCCACACAUUCCCGGCCAAUCAGCUCAGCUGUUUAUUUACCAAAUGUCUUCACAACAACUGCAGCAGCAGCCUUCGGCUAACAAAAAAGCAGGAAAAAUCCACAACACCCCCUUCGCCAACCAACUAAAUACAACGCAACAUCUGGCAAAACCUUUUCAGCAAAUUCUUCUUGGCAGUCAGUCCGGCAGCCUCACCUCACCAUUUCUAGCUUGUUGAAACCAAAAACUAGUAAGUUUUUCCUGCUUAUACAGUUUACUGCUGGUAAAAAUAAGGAGUAAGCGGCUUAUAAGUAAUUACUUUUUCUCAAUCAAAGGCUGGCUGUGCAUAAUUUCGUGGUAACAUACAUAUGUUGCUUGAACAAAACUUUUAAGGGUGUUAAGGAAACUUAAUAUAAGAAACUAAACUGCAGUAUAUUUGCAUGCGAGAUGGCAAACUACAUUUAAUUGCUAACUUAGUUCUUCCUUGCAAAAAUCUGCCAACUCCUUUCACCUUUAAACUGUUUUACUAACAGUUUUCGGAACUUAAAACAAUUACUUUGGGGUUAAACUGGGCAAACUAAGGUUCUUUAGACUAAACACACUAUGACAUUUUAAAUUUUUACAUUCACAAAUAUGCAGUUCUAAUGGUGUUUAAUGGCUUUGUCACGGUGUGCGUUAGUCUUUGACUUGGUACCUUGUGUCCUGUUGCGGACUUUUACCUUGCAUGGGUUCCAAAAUACUGGUUUAUACCAAUUUUGGGACUACUUGUGGGACAUUAGUAUAGUGUUCUAGGCAGUGGAUUUAGUUGAGAUGGAAGUGCUGCAUUGGACAGGUUUGCUUAUGACAUGGUGUUAGUUAAAGCAAACUCAUGGUUGGAAGCGUGCUGAUCACACUUGAGUUUUUAAUGCCUGAAUCUUUCCAUUUUGCUGGACGAUGAGUGCCAUGUUAUUUGGCACAUUCACUGGGCCCAACAGUGACUUGACAAGUUGGGAAUUGCCUCGCCCCACUAAUGUUGAAUUGAUGAAAAUACUCACUUUUCUAUUUUUGAUUGUAGAUCUCCACGAAGGAGAAGCUUCUCCCGUAGCCGCAGCAGGUAAACUAUUGGUGCCGCAUUUGGGUUGUCUAGAUAAUGGGUAGGCAAACUAAGACCCAGGGGCUGGAUCUGGCCCAAUCCCCUUCUAAAUCCGGCCCACGGACGGUCCGGGAAUCUGCAUGUUUUUACAUGAGUAGAAUGUGUCCUUUUAUUUAAAAUGCACCUCUGGGUUAUUUGUGGGGCAUAGGAAUUCGUUCAUUUUUUAUUUUUUUCAAAAUACAGUCCACCCGUUCACCCCCCAAAGUCUGAGGGAAAGUGGACUGGCCCCCUGGUGAAAACGUUUGCUGACCCCUGGUCUAGAUAGUGCUUAUAGAAUAAGGGACUCCCCACCCCCUUAAACAGAUGGCACUGUGGUGCAGAUGGCACAGGUGUGACAUUUCAUAGCCCAAAGGAUAGUUGAAUUAUACACUUGAAGUGCCAUAAAUCUCUGACUCCUUUGAAAGUGUACUUGGCCAGCACAGUUGUCAGUAUGCUGUGUAAAAUACAUGCCAAAUGUGUUUAUUAAAGUAUAGUCUAAUCUGAAUUCAGCUUUAAACAAUUUAAAAGUGUGUUUUUUUCUGCCAUCAAAUGCUGUGAUAAACUAAAAUACCUUUCGUUUUGAAUCCAGUAUCAAUGAUGAAUUACAUAUUCUAAAAUGUGCCUCGUAAAUUAAGAUUUUCAAGCAUGUUUACAAGCACUGUACUAGUUAAUGCAUUGAUAGCAUGUGUUGCUCAAAUAGAAAGUAAAACCUGUGCACAUACAUUAGUAUGUUAUAGCCAUUAAUUUGCAACGUAUUUAAAAAUAUGAAUUUAAGCUACAAGAGAAAGGUUAUUCAAGGAGUGAGAUUUGAGUAUGCUGUUUUUCAAGAAUUGCAUGAAAAAUAUAUUCUCUUGAAAUCCUGAUUAUUCCUUUUAUAGGUCCCUUUCUAGAGAUAGAAGGAGAGAGAGAUCACUGUCAAGGGAGAGAAAUCAUAAGCCUUCCCGUUCAUUUUCCAGAUCUCGUAGGUAAGAAAACUUCCAUAACCUUAAUGUCUGAAUAGAGUUUAAUUCUGUAGCAUAUUUACUAGAGAAAUGUCAUUUUCACUAGUGCACUAAUUAAAAGCCUUAUAAUAGGUCAAUUUGUCUAGUUGAAAUUUCAGGUGUAUGUUUAAAUAACGAUACUGAACUACUUCCAUUGUUUGACUGAGAAUCUCAAUGUAUAUUCUAUCUAGCCGUUCCAGGUCAAAUGACAGGAAAUAG